CAGGCGCCUGACAGCGCAACGACGGGUGGUGCCGUGACGUCACGUCUCCGGCCCCCAACAGCCGGACGUGGAGCGCUGCCCCUGUAGCGCGAGCGACACCCGCGGCGCGGCCGCCCCCGAACCCUGGGGCGAGCUGGGCGGUUGCUAUGGGGAUGUAACGCCGUCAUGGAGCAGGAGCCAGCUCGCGCGCCCCCGGACCUGCUGUCGGCCGCGCAUGCGCACUUCCGGGAGCAGCGAUUCGGCCCGGCGGAGGAGCUAUACAGCCGCUUCAUCGCGCGGUGCGUGCGCUCGUCGGCCGGCCCCGCCCCCACCAGGAAAUGCCUCACCCAUGAUCUCGCCACUGCAUUCAACAACAGGGGACAAAUCAAGUACAUGUGGGUUGACUUUUAUGAAGCAAUGGAUGACUACACAUCAGCCAUACAAACCCAACCUGAUUUUGAAGUCCCAUAUUAUAACCGAGGAUUAAUAUUGUACAGGCUAGGAUACUAUGAUGAGGCUUUGAAAGAUUUCAAGAAAGUUUUAGCAUUAAACCCUGAGUUUGAAGAUGCUUCCUUGAGUCUAAAACAGACUAUUCUUGACAAAGAAGAAAAACAAAGAAGGACAUAUUAAAAAUCCCACUAGCUCCAUAAAAAAUGUUUUCUUGAACACUUAGUCGACUUGAGAUUUUAGUCUUUGAUGAAUAAAACACAAGAUUGUUUACAUUUUAUCUUGCUCUGGGGAAACGAAAUUUUCUUAGUUUUAGAUAAAUAAUCAAAGUAGGUAUGUACUAUAAUUGCCAAGUAAACUAUAGUUUUUGAACAGCUCUGUAAUUGCAGUGUUGAACAAAAGCACAAUGUUAAACCUGUCUAUGAUGUUGGUCAUUCUGUGUUGAAAUAUUUUAUAAUAUAUACAAAGCUGGUGGAAGUUCAGUAACUACUACUAAAGUCUGAUUGUUAAAGAAAUGUUUAUAUAUACUCUUGCACAGAUUUAUUUAAUAAGUCUUUUGUGGAGGAAAUAGACAAAUUAUAGCAAGUUUCAGUACUUGAAAUUAGCUGUUUAGUCGAAAUAAUUUCUUUAACAUUGUUAAAACUGUUUUACAAUAUGUUAGUAGGUUGGAGUAUAACAUCUGCCUAUAGAUUUCCAAUAUGUCCAUCACAAAGGCAGUGGGCUAUGGAGGGAGAGUAUAGGAUAAAGUUUAUAUUUUAUUGUAAUGGCUGAGUGUAUACUAAAUGAAUAUAUUGUAUUGAUUUCUGUAUCAUCUGCAGGAAACCACAAGGAUUGUAAUUGUUUGAGUUGUUCAUAGCAAUUAUCUUUUUGGCUUUUUUUCCUGUUUAUUGAAAAAAAACAAUUAAUUUAUUACAUAAAAAAAACCAAGCAUGAUCUAACUAGCUAUAAGGGUAAGUGCAAACUGGUGCAUCUUUUCGGUCAGAUUAGACUAUAGAAGCAGCAGCUCAAGUCAAGAACUCUGGGUCUAUUAUGCCAUUGUGUUGUGCACAGGAAUAAAAUUCUGGUUUAAAAAAAAAAGUUUUUAAUUGCAAGCAUGGCAUCAACUUCAAAUGUAUUCUGAAUAAAUAAGACCACUUUAAGGUUCUUUUUA